UAUCAAUUUUACACGUCCUGAUUACUAAAGGGUCGGGCGAAUCUGUGGUGACUAAAAACCAGACAAAAAUCACCAAUGUUGAAAAAACCGACUGUUUAUCGAAGACGAGAUCCAACCAACAACAAAUCACCGACUUUAAAGAAUUCAUGGAGAAUCACCAAAAGCUGUACGUAGACAAGACCCUAUUCCUCCCCGACUUCAUAUCCCGCGAGGAAAAGCAUAAAGGUCCAAUCGUAUUGGUGACAAAACCGCCUGGAUUCGGAAAAUCACUCAUGGCGUCAACCGUGGAUUACUUUUUCAACUCCAAGUAUGACCUUAGCCAGUCGAAACGUCUCUUUUCGGGGCUUAAUGUCAUGGCUAAAACCUCCACUAUGAACGAAUUCAGGGCGAAACACAUGAAUCGGUAUCCCGUGAUUAAAAUAAGCUUCGGAUCAUUUGAGGCAACCAAUUAUCAAAACGCGCUCAAAGAAAUUGGUCAAAUAUUUAAGCAGGUGAUCGAAGACCACACCACAGUCACGACCAACUACGAUGACCCGAUCUUCACCCGGAUCACCAACGGGAACGCUGACAAGAAAACCCUCUUGGAAUUCGUUCCUCUCCUUUGCGGUUGCGUCGCCAACGACACUGACCCUAUCCUUAUCAUUGACGCCUACGACACUCCCCUCACCUCCGCCUACGCCGCCGCCUACUACUCCAAAAUGGCCGAAUUCAUAGCCAAGUUCUUCGAGGAAAUCUUCAACGACGGCUACUACCGGUUCAGUAAGAUGCUCAUCACGGGCGUAUCGACGGUGGAGUUUGAGUUUGUCCACCUGCGCAAGGAGGGCACGGAAGCCAAACCCCACCACUACAACCCGCUCGCUCGGUUCUUUGGGUUCACGGAGGAGGAAGUGGUUGCGCUGUUGGCGCGAAACGGGAAGAGUAAAGACAACCAACGCACCCUGGUGGAGAAUUUCGGUGGCUAUGGUUUUCGCGAUUUCAAUGGGAGAAUGCUCAAUCCUAGUGGCGUCAUUGGGUUCUUCGACAAGUCCGCAUGCACUCCAGGAGUUAGCAUAAACCCUGCAUCAACAACAAUCUUGAAAGACUUACUUAAAAUCAGAAAAGACGGAUUUCUCGUAUACCCAAUGCUGUCCCUUCAAAAACUCCUGGCGAACGAAUCAUUCUCAAGACGUGUCAUCGAACGACUAGACUACUCCAGCCUAUGCGAAAGCUCUCCUCAUUUCACCAACUUCCUGAUGAGCUUUGGACUCGCCACCAAGGAAAUGGACCCAGCACCUGAUAUCAGCGAAAUUUGCCCCAAGCCUCGAGAUCCGAACAAGGUCCAGCUUAAAAUUCCCAACUUAACCGUCCGUAAAAUACUGGCGCCCAUUCUGACGGAAGUUCCGGAGGCCCUCAACUACACUAGUUUGACGAACAGUUUGAUCGAUGGAGAUUUUGAAAGAGCACUGAUUAUGUUCCGAACCUUCAUGAAAAACGCUAGUUCGUUUGUUAUAAUAGGGGAUAAAGAGAGUAAUAAAAAAGCGCGCGUUAGAAAGCCAGUACUUUGUGAUUAUGCGCGUGAUUUAUUACAAGGGGUUUUGAUCAAGUAUAAUACUGAUAUUAUGACUCUUCAUUUGCCUGGGUUUGACUAUAUUGAACUGGAGCCCAGCAAAGGCUACACGUAUAGGAUUAGGGUUAGAAUAGAGAAGACUAAUAUGGUGAAGGCCGCGUGGAUAAGGGUGCGGAAUAAGGUUUACUCCAUGGUAAGGACGGUGCCGAAAAAAAGGGCAGAGAUUUUCAUCCAGUAUGGGAAGUCUUUUGUUGACGUUUUUUUAAGACCGAUGCAAUCUGAGUAUAGGCUAUCCCUUGAUGAUGACCCUUGGCUCAUGUAUUGAAAAUAUGGAUUAGGCUGCCUUUUUUAGGAAUGUCUUUGAUUUAUUAAAAGUAGUGCUGUAGACUCUUCAUGAUUAACCUGAAUUUUAAAAAUAUACGCUGGUGAAACUAAAUAUUUAAAAGAAAAAAAGAAGAAAAACAGGGUUGGCGUUAAAUUUGAAAUAACUAAACGCAAAAUAAGAUUGAGCAAGGGCUGACAUUCUAAUGAGAAUUCUACGGAAGAUUUAGAGCGCAUUGGUAAAAAGACACAAAGUAAUUAUUAUAGAAAAUUUAUGUCCGUUGUAGACACGAGUACAAUCCGAUGUAUUCGUUAUUUUUUUAUGAUGAUAGUAAUCAAUUGUUGAAACGUUAAUUUAUAGGGAAUAAAACUUUGUCGAAAAUGUA